UUAAUCUAUAAGCCAAGUUUGUUAUGAUGACCCUUGGAAUGACACCCAAGUCGCUUCAGCUAAUUUGCAUUGGAAUUUGUCAACUGAACUGUGCAAGUCAACUCAUGUUGCUGACCUUUUAACGAUUAUCAGUGAAACAACCAACGGCCAGUAGACCUGUCACUGUCUUCCCUUAUUGUUGAAAAAAGUGAAAUUACACAAAUAGCAAUAUGUCAUGAAAUCUGUAGUAAUCGUACUGCUUAUCUAGUUAUGACCAAGUGGGAUAGGCUUACAGGAAAUCAGACGUAGCUUACUGACUGUACCUCCAAGUGAUGUAAUAUUCAGAUUAUAGGUGUUAUAGAGAAUUAUAGAUGAUCUUGUAGUGAUAUUUUGGUUGGCACUUAUUAUGUGGUGUAUCUGAGUAAAGGUCAGAUUCCUCAUGUGAACUCGUCAGAGUUCCUGAUAUGUUAGCUAAGAGCUCGGAUGCAGCCGAUCUGAUUGUUCAAAGCAGCCUAAAGUGCAGGCAGUGAAUAAUUCAGGAGAGCACCAGCCGUUGUGUUCAUCCCCUCUCCCGUCUCACAUGAGACAUAGCAGAGCUGUUGCGUCUAGCAGCCUGCCAUGGGGUCCUUUGCAACUCCUCUUCAUAAAUAGGAAUUUGCUGUUGCCAAUAUAAGGCUUACCAUUUGUCUGUGGUCAUUAACAUGCCUGGUUUGUGUGAAAAGGGAGCGAAGGGGUCUUAAGUUGUUGGGGUUUCUGUUUUCCGAGAAUAUGGUUUAGGUGGGAUAGGCAUCCUUCUCAACUCUAUCAAGAGUCAGACACUAUGGAGACUAGCAUUGGAAACCAAACUCCUGUGACCUUGGAGCUGCAUUUCUAUGGAAACAUUCCCUUACAAGAGGGGGUGCUGGAGGGUGCCGUGCGGAGCUGCCAGAGUGCGGACUGGCCGACGCUGUGAGGGCACGUGCACAUCGCUCCCCGGGGCAUGAGCCAUGACGUCAGUGGUGCUGGUGGACAGCGGAGGAUCGGUGGUGGAGUAUGUCACGGUGGUGGACGACUCGCAACAGCUGAAGGAGGCCCUUUGUGAGGCCGAGGCGGAGUUGGAGACGGAGGGAGAUGGGGAAGUAGAGGAGGAGGUGGAGACGGAGUACCCGGCCGUGAUCGUGGAGCCUGUACCCAGCGCAGGACGCCUGGAGCAGUGCUUCGCCGCCCAGGUGCUCGUCUACGAUGACCAGACUUACCUCAUGCAGGGGGUCGCCCAGGAGCAGGAGGUGGAGACGGAGAUGGUGGAGACCGUGGAAGCAUCGGUCCAUGGCUCCAGCGUUGACAAGACGAUUGAGGCGGCGGAAGCACUUCUUCACAUGGACUCUCCCUCCAGUCUCCGAGGAGACCGCAGUCCAGAAGUGUUUGUGCCCCCCUGUGCCAAUUCGCCAGAGAUGAUGCACGCAGCAAUGCGGCCUGACAUGCCAACAGAGGUCGUGGUGGAGGUCAGCACAGAGGAGUCCGAACCCAUGGACAUGGGGGUCACGAUGGAGGAGACUGAGUUGGAGACCGAGCCAGAGACAGAGCCGGUCAGGAAGAAGAAGGCUGGUCGGAAGCCAAAGACGCACAACACAUCCGUGUCAAAUGGCUCUCCAGACCUCAGCAUAAAGAAAAAGCCCAGAGAGGGAAAGGGCAGCACCACGUACCUGUGGGAGUUUCUGUUGGACCUGCUCCAGGACAAGAACACGUGCCCCAGGUACAUCAAGUGGACCCAGCGGGAGAAGGGCAUCUUCAAGCUGGUGGACUCCAAGGCUGUGUCCAAACUCUGGGGCAAACACAAGAACAAGCCCGACAUGAACUAUGAGACCAUGGGACGAGCUCUGAGGUACUACUAUCAGCGUGGUAUUCUGUCCAAAGUGGAGGGUCAGCGUCUGGUCUACCAAUUCAAGGAGAUGCCCAAGAACAUUGUUGUCAUUGACGAUGACCAGUCGGACCCAGGCGGGGGCGAUGAAUCGGCAGCAGCAGCGGCGGGCCUGGAGAAGUCGUACGAGCGUGUGUCCCUGGCUGGCGGUGAGGCCCUGUUGACCUCUGACCUUUCAAAGGCACCUGGGAUUCUCAGGGGCACCGGGGGUCGCACGCUGAUCCACACAGCCUCCGGCCCGGCCAAGGGCAAAGCUGCCGUCACCGCCGCUACGCUCACGGCCACGCCCAUCCAACACAUAGUCACCGUCUCCACGGCACAAGACGCCUCGCAGACGCAGCUCACGUCCCAUGCCACAAUCAUUCCCACCGCCUCGGGGCCCAGGACGGUACGUGUGGCCAUGCAGGUGCCUGUUGUCAUGACCACAGCCCUCGGUCAGAAGAUCUCCACGGUAGCAAUGCCAUCCCACAACCCCUCUCUGUUCACCUCAGCCCCCACCUCCAUCGCCACGAUGACGGGCACCAACGCGCCCAAAGUGCUCAUCCAGACGGUGCCCACCAUGAUGCCCGCCACGGCGGAGAACGGCGACAAGAUCACUGUGCAGCUCGCCAAGAUAAUCACCAUCCCCGCCUCCCAGCUGGCACAGUGCCAGCUGCAGGCCGCCCCCGGCAAACCCGGCUCGCCCACGGGCAUCAACCUGAUGGGCACUCCGCUGGCCAUGCGGGCGCUCUCCCCGGUGUCGGUGGCACCGGGCACCCAGGUGGUGCGUCUGGCGAUGCCCGCUCAGCAGGCCAGCGUGCCCGUCCAGCAGCCGCGGCUCCCACUCAGCCUGGCGCCCACGCAGACCAUCUUCACCACCAGCAGUGCCAGCAGCAGCCCCAGGGUGUUCCAGACCCAGCCGGCAGUGUCCGCAGCAGCCAGGGUAGUGGGCACCGUCGUGGCCACCGCCUCCGUCGCCCCAGCCGUCAGGCCCGCCAUCGUCUCCGCCGGCCAGACGCAGGCACCACAGUCGGUAACCAUUUCCACGGCGAGCAUCCCCACAACGACGACGACGGCGGCGACGGCAGCAGCCGCGCUGAUGGUGUUGCAGGACACGUGCACGGAGCAGCGAGUGGCUGUCCAGGGGCAGGAGCAACAGGCCUCAGAGGCGUCCCCUGUCCAGAGUCAGGAGGCAGAGUGCUGAGGGACAGGGGAGGCUCGGCACACAACGUGUGUGUGGAUGGCUAACAGACUCAUGUGAAAAGGAUUGUAUCCAGACACACACACACAGACACACAUAUCCGGACUGGACUUUGUUCGCCUUGUACAGUUUGAGACUCUUAAAACAAAACAAAAAAGCUUAAUUUCUGUGAAAUAUGUGACUAUACAAAUUCAACAGUAAUUUGCCAGCCAAACCCCUGUAAAACAUCAUAUUCAUAACGAUCUGUCGUCAGAGACCUGACACUAGAACCACAUUUUUUAAAAUCCCAUUUUUGUAAACACACAAACUCUCAGCGAGGAAUAGGAACUUAGCUGAAAUCUCAGCAAUUUACAAAAAAAGGGACCAAUACAUUAGACUUUUUUUUUUAUCCGUUGACACUAACGGUAUCAAGCCGGAAAACUAUGACAUAAACAAAACACUAACAAAUAAUCAUACCAAAUGUGAACUUCAAAAGGGAGGAAUGGACUGAAAAAGGAAUUUGCAACACUUUUUGUACAAAGUUUCUUUUUUUCCCCUUCUAUAUUGCAUAUGAUGCAAAAACCAGCAAAACUGUUUCAACCAUCACUGUGCUCACAAAGCAUCAAUGGUCUUGAUGCCACGUGACCUACACAGGACAGAACUGACAAGUCUGUUCCCGGCCAGCCCCACCAAGGGAAGCUUAAAGGGACUUUGUAUAUACUUGCUUACGUUUUAUGGUAAUCGCAAAGUGAAGCAGCCUUAGAUUGUUUGUUUUUUUUUUUUUUUGUUUUUGUUUUUUUUUAAU